AUGGCCCCCACAGGCAUCGCGAUCCUAGGCUCAGGCAUUUUCGCUAAGGAAGCGCACCUUCCUGCAAUUGCCGCUGUCGGCAGCUCCGUCGUCACCCUCAAAGCUAUCUAUUCCCGUUCUGAGAAGAGCGCGGCGGGUCUGGCGGCCGAUGCUCAAUCAGCAUUGAAGCUCGAUUCGAAGCCGGACGUCUACUACGACGCGGCCCCAAACGCAAAUUUGGAUGCUCUUCUCGCGAGGCCAGAUAUCGUCGCGGUCAUCGUCGUUCUCCCUAUCACGACGCAGCCAGACAUUAUUCGCAAGGCCCUAGCUGCCGGGAAGCACAUUCUCAGCGAGAAGCCCGUCGCGAAGGAUGUCGCCUCUGGCUUGAAGCUGAUCGAAGAGUAUGAGAAGCAGUACAAAGCCAAAGGCCUGAUCUGGCGGGUGGCAGAGAACUUCGAGGCCGAGUCAGGCUACCAGGCUGCUGCCAGGGCGAUCAAGGAGGGAAAGAUCGGGAAGGUGAUCUUCUACAACGCCCGCGUAGUGAACUAUAUCGACCAGUCUUCAAAAUGGUACAACACCCCUUGGCGCACAAUCCCAGACUACCAAGGUGGCUUCUUGCUCGAUGGUGGUGUUCACACGAUAGCUGCUCUCCGUACCAUGCUCCCCAGCUCUUUCAAGACGCUCUCCGGCUUCGCCUCCUUAAACAAGGACUGGCUCGCGCCGCACGACACGAUCAACGCCGUCGUUCAGUCCGCCGACGGCUCCCACGGCAUCGUUGAGCUGACCUUCGCUGCGCCCACCACGUCGCGCUCCGAGCGCGCGUUCAAUGGCAUCACCAUCACCGGGACGGACGGAUGGCUCUCUGUGAACCAGGUGAAGGUGAUCGACGGCUCACGCCCCGUCGGCGGCUUGCGUGUCACUGUCGUCACCGCAAAGCGCGACAAGGACGGGAAGGACAUCGGCGAGACCGAGGAGAUCAUCGACAAAGAGACGGAUGGUGUACCGAACGAGCUACGGUACUUCAUUGACGCCAUCGGGGGCUCCGACAACGGACUCGGGACUGCAAGAGGCGCGCUGCAGGAUGUCGCGUUCAUUCAGGCCGGUCUGACGAGCAAUGGCACGCCGAUCAACCUAGAGAAGCUCGUCUCAUGA